AUGAACGCCUACAUCGAUAACUUUUUGGUGGGUGAUGACAAGAAUCCAUCAGACGUGUCAUCCACUGAAGCCUACGUAACUUCUCAUCCAUUAAGCAGCAGAUCGAAAGCUGACGAAGACUUGGAUACUCUAAUGCAUGAGACAGCUGAUAUGAGCGAUAUUCAGGGACAAAUUGAGGAGGAGCGGCACAAAAUGGCUUCAAAAUAUCGAGAUGAGCAUACUAGACAGCGACGGGCGGCCCAAGCGAGAUCCAGAUAUCAGAGAAUGACGGAGAACGAGCGAAAGAUCUAUAAUCAAAGACGAAGAAUGCGUCAAAUGGGAGUGGAUCCGACUAAUGAAAGUAACCCUGGCCCUCUGGAUAAUCUUGUUAAAACUCAAGCUCGACAAGCGAACGCUAGAAAAGCGGAAGCGGCACGUCAAAGAUACCAUAGAAUGACACCUGAGCAACGAAAAGAUUACAAUCAACGUCGGACGGAAGCAUUCAGAAGACGCCGGGAGGAAGAGGAGAAGUUGUUGUCGACGCCAGCAGGGCGAAUUUCGGCUGAAGCGCUGGCAAAAGCGCAGCAGAUUAUGGUGCGAAACGCGCGGAAAGCGGAAUCUGCGAGACUUAGAUAUCAAAGGAUGACAGUGGAGCAACGAAAAGCGUAUAAUCUACGACGAGCGGCGACAAAAAGGACUAGAAAAUAUAUUAAUACUGAACAUGUUGAUUUUCCGGAGAACUUUUUAGCGGCAUUGGAAUCUGGAGGAGCUACUGAAGAGCCGUUUGAGGAUGAUGAGGAUGUGGAUGAUGAGCAAGAGGAUGAAGAGGAGGACGAGGAUCAUUUGGACAUGAGCGAUUUGGGAGACAUGCCGAUCUCCUCUGAAAUCGGACACCAAUCACUAGAAGACUUCAUUGUGCCGGACGAAGCGACUUGCGAGCUCCACAUGGCCGAAGUGAUCAACGAGGUGGCGAAUUCUGCGGAUAGUGAGCUCUCGGUGUUCGCUCAGAUGGAAAGUGACGUCAUUCGUCGGACCAAGAAAGCGAAUACGCAAAUUUUGAAAAAAAUGGUGAAUAACCCAGGUUCCGGUUCUUCUAGAAAUUUCAAUCCGUACUCGUCAUUCAUGGGAGGGGACUUGCCCAAUGCACAGAUGAUCCCAUCAUCUGAAUACGCCGACCCCUCCGAGCCAUGCACCUCUUCAACGCCUUCAGCGACGGCAGUGCCUUCAGAAACUGCUGAAAAUCGAUUGAUCGACGAGGACGCGCUUCGUCAAAUGAUUGAAACUGGAUACGAUUCGAAUGGAAUGCCAGUCGAGGUUCGGACUUCGGAUGGUCAGGCGAUUCGAACGGUUGGGGAUUUGAUCUCUCGAAACGUCAACCACGGCCAGACGGUGUUCAUCACUCAGCGUGUCGCCGAGCAGAAACCCCCAGUUUUCCAUACCAACAGCUUCCAAGAUGCGCCUCCAACGACAUCCAGCCUUACCCAGGACAAUCAAGUGGGAUCAACGACCUCCUCGCAUUUGGAUCAAUAUAUGAAUGAUACAGCAAGUCACGAGGAAGAGUGCGAUUUCGAGGAUGACGACGAUGAGAAGGUGGACUCGGUGGAAGAUUCGCGAUUAGAAGCAGUGCGAGCGCGACGGGCGGAACGGGCAAGAGCUAGAUAUCAUCGAAUGUCAGAAGACCAACGUCGUGAACAGAACGCGCGUCGUGCGGCUACCCUUCGCCAAGCGAGAGCUCGAGACGAGGAACUUCUGAAAAUGUGCGAAACGACGCCGUUGGAUCAGCUGGAUCCAGAAACUGCGCGGCAGAUAAAGGUGGCACAGGAUCGACGGCAAAGACGGGCGGAGCAAGCGAGAAAUAAGUAUAAGCGAAUGAGUGAGGAGGAUAGGAAGAGGUACAAUGCACUGAGAGAUGCGUCUAGGAAACAGAGAAGAGUCACCGCCCAUCAACACUUUCUAGACGACUCCCAUGAGGACCCGAUGGAAGACCCGCCCACUUCUUCAUCUCCUCUGGAUCCCGACGACCCUGCUAGCUUUUUCUAUGGAGUCUUCCCGCCAAAAACAUGA